AUGCAAAACAGCACAGUUACUGACGGCACAGCAUUAGUGAGCACUGCACAGGCAGGGGACAAGAACAUCUCUUCAUCGAACGAAGAACUCGUCGACAAUACUACCCCGGAGCCCGAUUCUGCACACGGCUGGCUAAUCGUUGCUGGUUCAACCAUCUAUACGAUGAUGUCUUUGGGCACUACUUCUGCUAUUGGUGUAUACAUAGACGAAUAUCUUGUGAAUGUAUUUCCAGAUGCGCCCUCGUCGACACUGGCAUGGAUAGGCACCAUGCAGUUCGGACUAUUGUGUUUCUUUGGAAUCAUAUUUGGCGCUAUGGCAGAACGCAUCGAUGUGCGCAUAGUGGGCACGAUUGGUGCCCUCGUAUCCGGUGCAGGAUUAUUGAUCGCAUCAGCGUGCUUCCUCCCCCUCGUCGCUCAUUGCUACACAAGGAAUCAUAUGUGGAAUUGGCAGUGGAUGGAUAGAUACAAGCCUAUUGCAGUUGACAUAGCUAUCAGUGGUAGUGCAAUAGGAGGGGUGUGGCAGCCAUUCGUCAUGCGAGCUAUUAUCAAGCACCAUGGAUACCAGUGGGCCUUGCGCAUUUCUGGCCUACUGCAAAUUGUGAUUUGUGGUGUUGCAACGCUGCCAAUGAGACGGCGGGUUGAUGCACCGCCGCGUGGGAGGCUUGUCGAAUAUACACUCUUACUUGAACCCAAGUUUCUCAUGCUGUUCUUAUUCGGGAUAGUAGGUUCUGCUGGGCUUUUCUUCCCGUUCUCGUACAUGCCAAACUAUGCCAUUGCGGUGCUUCACAAAGAUAUUUCGUGGGACGCCAAUAUCUCGGCGAUACUUAACGUUGGUGCAUUCUUUGGGCGGCUACUCUCAGGGGUCUUAGCUGCAUACAUCGGCUCGAUUAAUACCCUCAUUAUCUGCUCGUUCCUAUCGUCUCUUGUACUUCUUGUACUAUGGCUGCCCUUCAAGAACAUUGCUGUCCUCAUUGUCGAGGCACUUUUGUUCGGCGCUUUCAGUGGCAGCCAGGUUACCGUGUAUCCAAUGAUCGCAGGAAAUAUAUACGGUCUCAGGAGGCUUCCCAGCGUUUUAGGAACUGUUGUUUGUAUCCCUGUUUAUCGGCCAGCUUAUCAGCUCCCCUGUCGCUGGCCAGAUGCUGGACAAGUAUGGACAUGGGACAAACUUUAA